AUGGAUUUUGUCGCGGUCGAGCGAUUUGGUCGGCCAAAUCGUGGACGAGAAAUCGGCCGAGGCCGAACGUUUGCUUCCCGGAUCGACCGUGACGGUCGGUCCGUUCCGAUACGUGAUUCCGGCCAAUCGCGGCGUGUUCCUUUCUGCCCGUGCGUGCCACGCGGAUGGUUUUUUUUGUCGCGCUAUGAUGCGAUCAUGGACGAGGAGGUUCAGGAAGAGCAGCUUUUGGCCGAGGAAGAAGAUGGAAUGGAGCAGCUCUUGGCCGAGGAGGGACUUGAAGCCGCGCAGCUUGUACCUGAGGAGAGCAUAGCCAUUCCAACUUCCCCGAUCACUCGUUCACGAACUAAGGCACUAAACCAAGUGAUUGCCAAAGUCCUUAGCUGUUUGAGUCAGCAAGAAACCAAACCAACUACUCUGGUUUGUUUGGAAGCCUUACAUAUGGGAUAA